AUGGAGUUUGAGGAGUUAGACUCGUGGACAGAGAACAGGAGGAUUCUGCGUGAUGUUGUAGUGAGGGCAGUUCUGAUGCCGUUCAUAUCGGUUUUAUUCAAAAUUGUGGUAUCAGCUAUUUAUUGUGCACACGCCGACAAACGAGAUUUCUGUACGCUGACGUUUUUUGAAUUUCUGAUGAAAGUUGUAUCGAAUUACGCUUUCGAUUCCUUACUUUUGGUUCAGUAUAUGAUCAUGUACACUUAUUACAGACACAUGAGUAAUUUGAAAUCCAAAGUGGUAACCUCUCACUGCGAUGCCAACAAAACUUUGAGAGUGUACAGGAACAUUUUGGACUCGGUGGACAGAAUCAAACCUGUGUUCGAUAAACUGAUUCUGACAGGUAUAAUCAUAGCCGUCCCUCGUUUUAUGACUACUGAAUAUAUGGUACUACACGAGGUCAAAACGCAACAAAACUGGGUGUUGCUGACGGUGCAAUACGCCGUCGUGCUGCAGAUGGGCAUCCUGAUGAGUGUAUCCACGUUGGCUGCGGAGGCUGUGAACACACAUGCGGACGAAAUAUCACUCACCUUGCACAACAACCUGAUCGGUACAACAGAUCAGCAGAAACGCUUCGAGAUCCAGCAGACGCUGGUGUACAUGAGCGCGCGGCCCAGCCAGCUGUACGUGUGGCGACGCAUUCCGGUCGACGCCCGUCUGCCCAUGGCCAUAAUUAGCGUCAUGACUACCUAUCUCAUCGUCAUUGUGCAGUUCACGCACCUAUUUGACUGA